UCAUUCCUUGCCAGAAAGAGAUUGUGCUUGCCUCCGUAUCCAGUCUGCUUCUCACCGAAACGAGAGCGAAACUCCGCAUCUCACCGACGACAGAAUAAAUCAAAGAAGCUAGCCCCAGCUCUCUGACCGUUAUACCGAGAGAGAGAAAAGCCAUUUGUAGACGGAUAACGGACAGAAAUCCUCCCGCGACGCAGAGGAGCCUCUCCUUAGCAGCUCAGGCUGUUCAACUCCGAAUAUUUAAGCUUCAUUUCUUUGUUGAAAACACGCAAAAUGAAAACCAAAUUCAUCAACGGGGUUUCUUCUUCCCCCUCCUUGUCCCUCGGUCUGCUGGUGACCGAGAACGCCCUGCAGGUUCAGCCCGACACCGAGGAGGACUGUAAGGAGCUGGUCCACCCCGACCAGCCCGACCUCGACACCCAGCGCAAGGCGUAUCUGUGGUGCAGGGAGUUCCUCCACGGCGCGUGGAAAGGCCUGGCGGAGGACGACUUCCACAUCACCAUCAUCAGGGGUGGUUUGAGCAACAAGCUCUUCCUGUGCAGCCUUCCUGACAGCGUGGACACUGUUUGGGAUGAGCCCAGGACCGUCCUGCUGCGCCUCUAUGGGGCCAUCCUGCAGAUGUCCUGUAAUAAAGGAGAUUCCCAACUGUCAAACAAAGAAAAUCCCUUCCAAGGGGCGGAGGCCAUGGUGUUGGAGAGCGUGAUGUUUGCUAUUUUAGCGGAACGGGAGCUCGGACCCAAACUCUAUGGGAUUUUCCCCCAGGGCCGACUGGAGCAGUAUGUCCCCAGUCGUAAACUUGACACCUGUGAGUUAAGCGAGCCCAGCAUCUCGGCGGAGGUUGCAGAGAAGAUGGCCCGGUUUCAUGGAAUGAGGAUGCCCAUCAACAAGGAACCCAAGUGGCUGUUUGGAACUAUGGACAAGUACUUGAACCAGGUCAUGAGGCUGAACUUCACCAGAGAGUCGCACCUGCGUCGCUUCAACCGACUGCUCAGCUACAACCUGCCACAGGAGGUGGAAAUGCUCAAGUCCCUGCUGGAGUCCACCCACUCCCCUGUAGUGUUCUGCCACAAUGACUGUCAAGAAGGAAACAUCCUGCUGCUGAAGGGCCGCCAGAGCUCAGACAAACAGAAGCUGAUGCUCAUUGACUUUGAGUACAGCAGCUACAAUUACAGGGGAUUCGAUAUUGGCAACCAUUUCUGUGAAUGGAUGUACGACUACAGCUGUGAGGAGUUUCCUUUCUUCAAAAUGAAUGCUCAUGCCUACCCUUCAAAGGCCCAGCAGCUGCACUUCAUCGACAGCUACCUGCGCGAGUCUGAUCGAGGGUUCGACAACCUGAGUGAGGAGGACCAAAUGAAGCUGAAGGAGGAGAUGUACGUGGAGGUCAACAGGUUCUCCCUGGCGUCCCACUUCUUUUGGGGCUUGUGGUCCAUCAUCCAGGCCCGGCUCUCCACCAUCAAGUUUGGAUACCUGGACUAUGCCCAGGCCAGAUUUGAUGCCUACUUCCAGCAAAAGAAGAUCUGGGCCGUGUAAUGGAGCCAAAUGGUUGGAUGCACUUCCAACACGUUGAGCCAAACGGCAGCAGGAGGACAAGCAGGCUGAUAGAAGAUAGAAGACUCCACCAUCAACGCUUUACUAUGCUCCCUGCUUUGAGAGGAUUUUGCCGGCUACCGUGGGACCUGUGUUGAACCAAAGCCAAAUCUCGAUCACAAGGCUAGGUGCUUAUGGUAUGUCUCGUGAUCCUUUGCAGCUGAAACGUUUACAGUGUGUAACUCCCUGAGAGCCAAAAAAGAAAAGAAAACGAUGACUUGUACUAACCUUCAUCACUGGUCACCGCUGCUCUCCGCUUCUGCGUUGUUGGAAUCAUAUCACUAACACAAGGGUUGAGUUGAGCAGGAGAGAGGGGGGUUUCGGUUACAGCUAGAUUGGAAAUCUUAACAUUGCAUCAAUGUAUCUGUAUUGACCAUUCCCUUAUGGAAAUGUUCUGUAAAUAACCAAAACAUGAACUUCUCUUGGUAGAUUCCUGCUUACUGAAGGAGCCAUUGGGUAACUAUGUAUAUUAUAUAUAGACCACAAUGUGCCAGUAACCUGGCCCUGUCUGUUAAUGAUGGGCUGAUUUGUUGGCUAGUGGAAUCACGACUUGAUUUUCUACACUUCUAUAUAUUGCACACGUGCUGUUGGUUCGAUUUUAUUUUUUUAAAUGGUUAUAUUUGACAUUU